AUGGGCAUCCUAACCAAAGCCCUCCUCACAUCAACCCUCACCGCAAUGGCAACAGCCGCCAUCGCUUCCCCCGCAGCCCCCGCCGCCCCCUUCAUCCAAGACGUUGUCUUCUCCGGCACCAGCUGCUUUAACGACUCCCUCAACCACGUCGACCUCGAGGGAAACCGCAUCAAGGUCUCCUUCGCCGAGUUCAACGCCAUGGUCGGCGGGCCCGACGAUCCCCUCAACCGCUUCGUCAACUGCGCUACCCAUCUGACAUUUGUCGGCGGCGUGCCCGGGUUCGCGCUUUCGGCGAAGAAGGUUUCGGGCGAGGGGACGUUUUAUGCGACGCCUAAAGUUGCGUUGUCUUUAUUUGCUACCAUGUUUUGGGAGACGGAUCCUGCUGUCACCAAGCAAAUCGACUACCCCAUCCAGAACGAAACCGCCAUUCUCCAACGCGUCACCUUCGAGGAAGACUUCAAAGAGACUCCAUUCGUCAGCCGCUGCGUCCGAGACGACGGCGCCCUCGGACCCCUCACGAUACGGAUGAGGGCGCGUCUUUCCGCCUCUGAAGAGAACGCCGUCGGUCUCUUCCUCGGAUCCGAAGAGUGGCCUGUUAGGGAAGAGGUUGAGUUCGAGUGGGUUCCGUGCAAUGGGGAUGUUCCAGACGUGGACUUUAAGCCUGCGCCUGUUGAGGAGACUCCAGUCGAAGAGGAGCCUGUUGAGCCUACUGCGCCGGUUGAUCCGCCAGUUAAGGAGGAGCCUACUGAAGGGAUUGAGAUUGGGGAGCCUACUGAGGGAGACGUUGAGAUUGAAGAGCCUGCCGAGGGAGAGGUUGUGGUUGAGGAGCCGCCCGCCGAAGGCGAAGUGGAGCCUGAGGAGCCUGAGGAGCCUACUGAAGGAGAGGUUGAAGUGGAGGAACCUGCCGGGGGUGAGGUAGAGAUUGAAGAGCCCAAGGAAGGUGAGGUGAAGCCAGAGGUUCCUGCGGACGAGCCGUGGAGUCCCUAG